UACAGUUCCAUCGUGAAUUUCAUCAGUCUUGCCGGUGAGUUAAGCGUAGUCACACCUAUUGCGUAUUUGCGCAAAAAAUUAAUCUUAUCAUAGAUUUUUGGGGUUUAUUUUUAACAUCUGGAGAUUCUAAAUAAGAUAUAAAAGUUGCCUAAAAAACGGCAUCUUAAUUCAGUUGUGAAGCAUUCUUCGUACAAGAAAGAACCCGUGAAGCUUUUCUGCAACAAGUUUUGUUCGUUCUCUUUAUCUUCUUUUUUGACAGUGAGGUAUUUCGCAAUAUCAUUCAUCAAAAAUGUUCGAAAUAUUGCUUCUUCUUGGACUAGUCCUCUUGACGAAGUACAUCAUAGAUUAUGGCUACAAAAAUGAGAAUUACUUCAAGGAAAAAGGAAUAAAGUAUCUUCAACCGACGUUUAUCUUUGGGAAUUCGGCAAAUUUAUUCGUGCGCAAGAAACCAAUAUUGGACUUCUUCAAAGAUGCAUAUCGAGCCUUUCCCGAUGAGAAAAUCAUGGGAAUGUUUGAGUUCAGAACGCCUUUCGUGGUGUUGAGAGAUCCGCAACUUGUGAAGCAGUUAGCUGUUAAGGAGUUUGAUCAUUUUACUGAUCAUCGGAGUGUCAUCACCACUGAUGCUGAUCCAAUCUUUGGUAAAUCCCUAAUCGCUCUUAAGGGAAAUGAAUGGCGCGAUAUGAGAGCAACUCUUAGUCCAGCCUUCACGGGAAGCAAAAUGAGACUGAUGUUUGAACUCGUAUCUGAAUGUGCUAAACAAAUGGCAAUGUUCAUUAAUGAAGAGACCAAGGCCAAAGGCAUCCAAAGUUACGAGAUGAAAGAAUUCUUCUCCAGAAUGUCUAAUGAUAUUAUCGCAACAUGCGCUUUUGGCAUUCAAGUUAACUCCUUGAAGAACCAAGAUAACGAAUUUUACACAAAGGGCAAAGAAAUGAUGAGCUUUACAAGUCCACUUCGACUUAUUAAGUUUUUGCUCUUUAUGGCUAUGCCAAAAUUAUUCGGACUUUUGAAGGUCAAGUUGAUUCCCGAGAGCUUAACUGGAUACUUCACGAAUGCCAUAAUUAACGCCAUAGCGUACCGGGAGAAGAACAACAUCGUCCGUCCGGAUAUGAUCAACCUGUUGAUGGAAGCGAAGAAGGGUAAUCUAUCCCAUCAAACAAUUGAUCGUACCGAUUCAGAAGGAUUUGCCACAGUCGAAGAGUCCCAAAUUGGCAAACAAGAAGGGAAAAAAGGUCUGUCCGAAGACGAAAUCUUAGCCCAGUGCUUCCUAUUCUUUUUGGCUGGAUUUGAAACGGUAUCCGUAGCCACAUCCUUCCUCUCCUACGAACUGGCUAUAAAUCCUGAUGUUCAAGAAAAACUCUAUCAGGAAAUUAUUGAAACGAAUGAAGAACUGGGUGAAAAAUCUUUGAACUACGACACAAUUCAGAAGAUGAAGUACAUGGACAUGGUUGUUUCUGAAUUAUUGAGGAUAUGGCCACCAGCUAUUGCUACCGACAGGCUAUGCACGAAAGAAAUAGUCUUGGAAUAUGGUGAAGGCCAAAAGUACAAGUUCAAUAAGGGUGACUAUCUCAUGGUCCCAAUGAUUGGAUUCCAUCAUGAUCCUCAAUACUUCCCCAAUCCAAACAAAUUUGAUCCUGAGAGAUUUAGUGAUGGAAACAAGCAUAACAUCGUUCCGGGAACCUACUUACCCUUCGGAGUUGGUCCAAGGAACUGCAUUGGAUCACGCUUUGCUCUCAUGGAAAUGAAAGCUCUCAUCUACUACAUCCUUUUGAACUUCAAAAUCGAACCCAAUGAAAAGACUCAAAUUCCUCUGAAGCUCUCCAAAGAACCUGCUAUGAAAACUGAGAAGGGUAUUUGGGUUCAGCUAACACCACGCUCAAAAGUUUAAAAAAAAAUAUUCUAAGAAUGUUUGCAACUUGUUUCAAUUUUUAAAAAUAUCUAUCCUUAUGCACCUUUAUCUCGACCUUUAUUCAUCUUUAUGUAUAUACUUUUAUCACAAAUUCAUAUGGAUUUUAUUUUAAAAAUAUUCAGUGUGGUAUUACAUGCAUACAUUAUACCUCAAUAAAAUUUUUUCUUCAAUUUAAA